CCAUGUGCUAAACCGGAGAACCAGAAACUUAGGCUGCAAAGUGAAAAUACUUAAUACAGGAAAAAGAAGUUCCUGCGUUUGUUGGGUUCUUUAGUUCUGAUCUGGUUCCAUCGAAACCAAAUCUGACUUGGGAUAUUUAAAUACUUUUAUAUCUUUUCUGAAAAGACGACACCAUGCCAGCGACUAAGGAGAAGAAAACGCAGAAGCCCCGCAAUUUCCAGCUCUCCGCGGGUAUUAUGCGCUUCUCGAAAUCAGCCAUGUACAAGAAGCGCGGUAUCUGGAAGAAGAAGAAGGCCGGCCAGAAGCCCAAGGAGGCCGCGCCGCGUCAGGCCAACACCGUGGAGAAGACCAUCGGCGGCGACAAGAACGGAGGCAAACGCAAGGUCCUCAGCCGCAAAGCACCGCGCUUCUACCCCACCGAAGACCGUCGGGGUAAGCGUAAUCAGCGCAAAUCCCACCGCAUUGACACCCGCGAACGCAUCACCGGCCACAGCAAAAAGCUACGCAAAUCCAUCCAGCCGGGAAGUGUGCUGAUCCUGCUGGCGGGUCGCCAUAAAGGUAAGCACGUUGUGUGCCUGAAACAGCUGCAGAGCGGACUGCUCCUCAUCACCGGACCCUGGAAGAUCAACGGUGUUCCGCUGCGGCGUGUCAAUCAGCGCUACGUCAUCGCCACACGCACCCGUGUCAACAUUGAGAAGGUGAAACUGGCGGAAAACCUCAACGAUAAUUACUUUCGGCGAGUGAAGGCCAAAGCGCCGAAAGAUGCUGGCAUCUUCGAUCAGAAGGCCGAGGCCUACAAGCCGUCGGAGCAGCGUGUCAAAGACCAGGUGGAUGUGGAUAACCAAGUGCUUUCCGCCAUUAAAGCCGAGAAAGAUGGUAAAUUGCUGCGGGAUUAUUUAUCGUCGUUGUUCCAGUUGAAAAAUAAGCAGUAUCCCCAUCAAAUGGUUUUUUAAUUGCUGUUUUUCUUUACUGGUCGGUUCGAUAAAUUCUGCAUAAAGUUAAAAAAAAAUUCAUCUUGAUUA